UUUGUGCCGAGAGUAGCAACUCAGUCAAACAUACACAAAAUAUCUCAAAAUAUAAUUUUCUUAAACGUUUUAAUUUAGUGAUUAUAUAAAUGUGAUUAUUUAUACAGUGAUAUGUAUAUUUUAAGUCAAAAAUUGUGAUUAUUAGAAAAAUCAAAUAUCUCCGAAAUAAACUGAAUUUAGAAUGUUAAUAAUAUGCAAGUAAAAAAACAAAAUAUGUUUUCAUACGUGGAUAAAGGGAUUUAGAAUUAAACGAUUAUACUCCCACAAAAACAAUUGAAUAUUAAUUCUUAAAUAAUGUCGACUCAUACAAAUGAAGAUUUAGAAGACAAAAUAAGCCUAACUGACGGGUUUGCAAAAUACUAUCCGUUGCUUGUUGUGUGUCUUGGAAGCUUGGGAAAUUUUUUUUCAGUAAUGGUGUUUUUUGGAACAAAAUUGCGAAAUCAAUCGUCAUCGUAUUAUUUAUCAUCGUUAGCAAUCAGCGACACACUAUUUUUAUUAAUACAGCUGAUGCCUAUGCUAUCCAAAACUGGAAUCAGCGGGUUAUACCAUAUGCCCGGUUUUUGUCAGUUUUUUGUCUACUUGACACAGAUAUGUAGUUUCAUUAGCGUGUGGCUAGUUGUAGUGUUUACAUCAGAACGUUUUAUAGCUGUUCGAUAUCCAUUACAUAGAUCGGUUAUAUGCACAGUAUACAGAGCUAAAAUCGUACUAUGCAUAUUAAUCACGUUUGCAUUAAUAGUACAUAUACCUUAUUUAGUAAUUUCAACGCCUAACAGCACGGUCUUAGAAAAUAAUUCAACAACAACAGAAUGUAGCUUGAACUUUUCCUGGUACGAAUUAUAUAAAUGGCUAAACUAUGCAGACGUUAUUAUGAACAUGCUGAUACCAUUUUUCCUGAUUGUGAUAUUCAAUAGCAUGAUUUGUCAAUCUGUGUGUCGGUUGGCCAGAAUAAGACGAACAAUGACACUUCAUCCAUCUAGAAGAAGACAAUCUACGUCACAAAACUCACAACACACAUCUCAAAUAAAAGUUACAGAAAUGCUUUUAGUUGUGUCUACAGUGUUCUUAUGUCUUAAUCUGCCAUCGUACGUAUUCCGAGUAUGGAUGGUAUGGGACAAUACAUCAACAAAAUACAAAACUAUACAAGUCAUUGCAAAUCAAAUGUACAACACACAUUUUGGAAUAAAUUUCGUGUUGUACUGUGUAAGUGGCCAAAAUUUCCGAAGAGCUUUGGUUGAACUUUGGAAUAAAGGAAGAUAUUCCAAUAAAAGAUUAAGGGAAACUCAGGUUACAACAGUAUUAUCAGAAUUCUCAAAAAGUGGGGUUGGAUCCAAACAAACUACUGUCAACGGAACUUGGAAGGAAGUACAUGAACUUAUACCAAUUGCACAUAGUUAAUGUUUUAUAGAUAAACUAAUUUUUUAAUACAAUGUACCUAAAAUACGGCUAUAUGUAUAAAUAUUAAAAUAAAAUAAAUUGUAUACGGUAAAUGCAUUGUAAGAAAUAAAUGAAAACAAAAGGAUGAUGCCCCCAACCCUUUUCAAAAAAUGAUAGAUGUAUAGGUGAAUGUGUACAUUAUUAUAUAAUCAUUAUUUAUUGUAAAUAAAGUAAUAAUAACUUACAGUACAACAUUAAAUUAUUAUAUUAUAAUAAAAAGAUUUAAUAAUAAUUAAUAUUCAAUUGAAAUAACGAUAAAAAUAAUUUUGAAGUAUUUUUAACAUGCAUCUUACUGAUCAUAAUUCAGUAAAUUUCGCAUUGCACAUACUGGGAACGUGAAAUAAAUGGAAAUAUUACAAACACGAAAUUAUAAACGAAAAUUUCAUUUAUCAAUGUUCUAACUUUGUAAAAAUUUAUUUUUUUAUUUACUUAAAUUUCAAAAUUCAUACAACAAAACU